UGGUGGCCCACAUCCCUUCUCUUUUACACGCUUCAUCCCUUCGGGAUUUCCAAAGACCGUUCGAGCUUUCCUGUUCUUCCUGGAGCGUCACAUAAAGCAGAGCUCAGAUUCAUCGCUGGGCUGAGGAGGUUCCGUACGGUGACUUGCUGGACGGGAAAUUUGGGACGGACGGGAAGAUCCCGAGCUGCAAUCCUGCCGAUCGGGAGCUGCGAAUCUGGGCAGGGAAAGCAGAUGGCGUUUGGGCUGAGUAACGAUCGUGGCUUGGAUCUGGCGUUCGAUCUGGGCGGAUGCGCUCACCGAAACGGAGAUGGAUUGUAUAGAAGGGCCGGUCGGCCUGGUGAUCUCCAUUCAGCGUGAGCGUCCGGUGGUGUCCUCAAAUUGUUUUUCAUACUAAUGCUUCAAUCCACGCCCCCGUUCAAUUCCAACUUGAAAUUCCGUCCGAGAUGGCGGAGGCUCUUGGAAAGAAGAUCGCCGCACCGGUUGAUGCUAACUAAAAUUGGGCAGCCCGCUGCAGCUCCAUCAAUGGGUAGUCAAUGAAGCAAUCAUCAGCCGUAUUUAUGGUCCGAGUAUCUCAAGAGCCCGAACAGUGUGCUGAAAUUAGGAGCUAAGAAAACAAACUGCGAGGGUGCCGGACGAGCAUGAUGCCGAUCGGUGUGAUGUACUGAUGCCGGCAUGGAAAUUGUUCCGUACGGGAAGUCCCUUUUUGAUUUGCUCCGGGUAACUUAGGCCAUUAACCGCUGGUCUGGCAGAUUCCUUAUGAAAACGAGUGGCAACCUCUUUUGGUUGUCAGACAUUGGACCGAACAGGGCCACGAAGCCGGACAGGGCUACGAGGAACCGAACGGUGUUCUGCCGCUGGUUGGUAAGCCUUCUACACACCCGUCUGGAGACCGAACGGCAUUGAACCGGGUUGGUUGCUGGUCCACAACUGAGAGGUGAGUUGACCAUGGACACCGAGCAAGGUGUACAAUAAUGCCGACCGGGUGUAAUGAGCAUGGCAGGUGGGCUGACCAUGGACACCGGCAGAUGAACAGUAUUGUUAAUGAUUUGUCUUGAUUGCAUUGUAUUUCUCGGUUCUCCAAAGGGAAUAACUUUGGAGGCUGUUCGGGUCAUUUCUCAUAUAGAACUGCUAAUGAUAUGAUUUGGAGGCUGUUCAGGCCACCUCCUGCACAGGACUGCUAAUGAUAUGAUUUGGAGGCUGUUCAGGUCACCUCCUGCACAGGACUGCCCAUGUUUUCUGGUUAAUUGUGAAAAUUGGUAGGCAGGGGAACGGCUGGUAUGGACGGGUUCUGCAUAUUCCCCUUCGGUAAAUGGUGUGGUGCUUCAAGAAUGCAAACGUCAACUUCUCGAAUGUAGAUCGGGCCCUACUCGUGGGUUAAUGGCAACUAGCUAUAAACAUCCCGGGAGUUCCCAACCAAGGGCGGUGGUGGUGCUAGCUAAGGAGCAGUUCUCAUGGCCUUCAAAAAACCCUUAUCUCAUUCGAGAUGAACCUGUUGCAUCUCGGGUGAUCAUCCUUCCGGCUAGCAUCCCUGGAUUGGCCAGGAAAUACCGUUCGGGCUUCAGAAACCCACUUGUCAACAUAUGGCCCCACCUAUCUUUUCAGCCACUAGUAUUGUCAGGUUGCAGCCUUUUGGUGUCAAGGAUAACAGCUGUUACGCGUGGGGCCCAUCGAUGUGUGCCAGAGAAAUAUCCGCACUCGACUGUUGUCCUCCUCUGAUUGGCCCCUCCUACUGGGUUGAAGAAAUGACGGAGGAAGGUGAGCCUAGCUCGGACAACGGUCUUCGCGAGCUUCGAUUCUCCAAUUGUGAUGGUGGAGACUGAUAAGCCCAAAAUACUAAACAAUCAAGCAACCACAACAAUUAAGAAGAAGCAGAUAGAAGAUUAUGAGAUGAAAAACCGAAUCUGGUAUACCGUGUAAACUGGCCGCUGCUCUCCCUGAAGAAAGAGAGCAGCGGCAACACUAAUCUCUCUAUCUCUGCGCCUCUAUUCUCUAAAGCCUCAAACGUUAGUUAGGGUUCCCGUAAGUUAGCUUCUUUUAUAGGAGAAGUUGGCUAACUUACGGGUUAUAAGGAAGCCCUUGGGCUGAUACACAUUUGUGGCCCGUAUUACAUUUUUAAUUGAUAACUACACAAAUACAAAGAUAACUAACUAGAUUGAACACCAUAAAAUAUUCCCAACAAUCUUUCCCUUGGUGAUCAAUCGUGUUGAGUCAGC